AUGAUGUUACGCUCCCCAAUCCCGCCUGAGCGCACCUCCUCCCGAUCCCCAGCUCCACCGCGCCCAUCCUUUGACGACGAACUAGAACGACCUGGGUCCGCUGGGAGUGAUGCCUCUUCAGUUGCAUCCAAUGUGACCACUGUGUCUGCUAUUCAGAGUUCCCUCAACAACUUCGGUGCUGCGCCAGACGCUUCCUCUCCCCGGAUACCCCGGACUUCUAGCACCAACGGCAGUGGCACCACAGACGAUAACCCCCGGCGCCCAUCCGCCUCAUCUUUGAUGCCCCAGAAUGAGAUGACCAGCAGGAAGAUUUCCGGUCGCGUCGUCCCGCCCGAUCUGUCGAGGCAUCGGCCACGACACCACUCUCAAGGCUUCUUCGAGCCAUCCCUCCCGACAGCGUCCCUAUCAGAUGUAACACUUUCCGCAUCAAGAAUCGCAGCGCAGGCUGCGAUGCAACAGCAGUCCUCCGCUGCGCAACACCCGCCGAAACGAUUGCCUUCCAACGUCCAGGGCCCUGAUGGAAGGGGUGGAAGCAUCUCGCCCCCACUCCCACCGCCACAACAAGUGCUGGCAGCCCCUGGCUCCGGAUCUACCUCGGGGCAAUCAUAUCAGAAUGGGAUUGUUGGCGGAAAUGCUCUUGCGGCUACAACAGCUGCCAACGUGGUGUUUCCUCGAGGACCUGCGCUUCAACCGGGGAUGGCUAGUGAUCAAGCGCAGCCGGAGCGUGAGCAGAAGCAGAAGGGCGAUAAGCCUAAGAUGAAGUUGUUUUCGAAGCCGAAGCAUAUUGGAAUCAGCCGAGACAAGGAUUCUUACGGGAAGGAUAAGGGUAUACCGUCACCAAGCAAGAUGGGCUUUCCGGGUUCUAGUGGGUUAUCACGCAUCGUCAGCGGCUCGACCGAUACCCUUCCCUCGAACAACUCUUCGAUGUAUAGUUUAUCCAACGCAUCUGUGAAUACGGUGGUACCAGCGGACAGGCAAGCAUCCAGCGAGAAGGAUAAGGACAAGGACAAAGCCCACAAGCAUCAUUUUCUUUCGAGGCAGAAACUCAAACUGAAGGACAGAGACGAUCAUUACAACCUGCCUCUAUCUUCGGCGUCUAGCAAUUCUAAACCGUCUGAUCCCAAUGCACCACAGUCUCUUUAUUCAUUCACUCCAGCGUCUCCUAACGCAGGGUCAACUACAUUCAGCAAAACUGUUGGCGGGUUGGACCUCUUGCACGGUGGUCGGGCGCUUCGAGAAAAAAAGAAAGAGGAGAAGCUGAGGGAGGAAAUAGAGCAAGACUUAGUGGUUAGUUGCGCUACCCCAGCUGUCUUUUCGGGGCCGUCGUCCCUUGGAAACUCGACAGGACUCUUGCCCGAAGCUGCCCUUCGUGAGACUUUGUCGGGUUUCGGACUUCACAAUAUGACUCCGGAUGAUGCCUGGGAUUUCUUGAAGGCGAAGCUGUUGGUUAUAUUUGACGGUGAAGACGUCCGUAUAGCAAUUGAGGACCUGAACAAGUUGGUCCUAAUUCACAUUCAACGCUGCGUGCAGAAGCACACGCCAACCGCCAUUGUCGACGAUUUACGAGAGCUGCUCGAGACAGGAUGUGCCUCGUUAAAUCAUACACUAAACGGAGUGCCUGACGAAAAACUGGUGCCUCAUUUGGUGCAGAUAUGGCUACUGGUUUUUGGCACCAUUCUUCCAUUUAUUCAAGCUGUGUUUUUGCCACUCGAUCUAGAGUUUCGAGGCGCAGGUUCCGUGAUGAAUCUACGGGAGGCAAAGGAUUUUUGGAAUUCUGUACCGACCGGCAAGGACUUUGAAAAUGAACUCGAAGUUCGACACCUGGUCCUGGUGGCUUUCCGUGACAUGGUCAUUCUAAAACGUUAUGAAGGCUUGAAGGCUACAUUUUCGCGCUUGAGCCUUGAUAGCAUCAAUGUGGGCUCGUCGGCUCUCAGCAUCACAACAAAGAGCAGUAACAAUAGCGGCCGACCUGCCACUGCCGCUUCUCUCGAUGCUGGCUUUGGCAGCUACAAUUCUCAAUCAUCUACGCUCCUCAAUACGGCGGGCAGUUACUCGUCGGACUCAAUGAGCAAUCGCAGCCGUGCUGCAUCAAACACGUCGUCCAAUCCAGACCAACUUAUCUUUCAGUCCUUCUCAUCCCCAAAUCAACGCGCAACCGUCAUUCACAGGGCCUCACAUACGGCAGAUACUUCCCAACUCAUUACCGAGACGGUCGGGCGGAUGCUACAAUGCCUCAGUGUCCUGGCCAGUGUGCAGACAGGUGAUGAAGCGCAAGAGAAGAUUGAGACUCUGAGCAAAGCACUGAAGCACAACUGGCUCGGACGCGGACGGACAGGGCGGGAUCGACGCGGGUUUGUCGGAGCGAAGGUUCGGCCCAGUAUAACGACACACACGACUAGUGAUGAUUCUAUGAAUGAUCCGAGAAAUAGCGAUUUAGGCUGGCAAAUACAUGAAGGGCGCCAGCAAGUGAGUGUCCUGUGA